UCUGAACCUAGUAGAUCUGCCAUUGUUCGUCCUGCUGCUACGUACAGAUAUAUAGGCGCUCGUCGUCCACCCUCGUGCAUCGGUCGCUAAGUUGUCGCAGAUGUUCGACCGGAACUUAUCUUACCACCGUGAUAGUCAAGAUGGUGAAGUGGACAGCGGCGGAGCUCCGCGCAAUUAUGGACAAGAAGGACAACAUCCGUAAUAGCUCUGUUAUUGCUCAUGCUGACCAUGGCAGGUCUACGUUUACGAAUACGCUUGUAGAAGCUGCUCAGACUAUUGCCCAGGAAGUUGCUAGCGAUGUUCGCAUGACUGGUACCCCUGCAGACAAGGCCGAGGGGGAGAAGGUUGUUGCUUCACCACCUCCUCAGUCAGGGUCACACACUCCCACCGAAGAUCUCAAAUAAGACGCUCAGCCACCGUAAUAGUGUCUUUUUCUCUAUUGUUGGUGUCUUGGUCCUGAUGGGAGAUAAUAAUGAUUCACUAAACUAGGAUCGUCCCAAGGUAUCAAGAGUUACGAGACUUGUUCUUGUGAUUCUUCUAUGUCUUGUAAACUCUAUUUUUAAUGUGGUGACUUACAUCUCUUGUUGCAUGUCA